UCGACCAGGUGCGUUACCCUGAAGGGUCAGUGUACACACAUAUCCUGCAGCCUUAUCUAGCCUUCUCCCCCCUCUCUGAAAUCUUGCAAUGGCGGAUCCAAUUAGCAUUAGUGCUGCUGUAGGAUGGGGCGUAACGGCAGUAGGUUGGCUCGCCUCACCCAUCAUUCCUAGGCUCCUCAACAAAGGUUUCGCCCUCCUCGAGUUGAACGCACCAGAGAAACUGAAGAUACUUGAUAUACAAGUUUUACAACUGCAGCGGGUGAUGGAGGUAGUUGAUGAGAGCACUUACAGGGUUCGCUUGGAGCCACUGCUAGAAAAGCUCAAAUCUGCUUUCUACGAAGCCGAAGACAUCUUGGAUCGUGUUGAGUACCAAAGUCUCAAGAAGCAGAUCCAGGGUGCCAAGUUAGAUGCGAGCAUGCCUCCACGUAAGAUGGAUUUUCUAAGGAAUUGUCUUCCGUGUGCCAUGCCAAGCUCCCCACUGAAAGAUGAGGAGAGUGGUAUGUCAAAACUGCAGUUGGAGAAGAGCCUAAAGAAGAUAGGGAGUGCUAUAAGUGAUGCAUGUGAAGUUUUGGAACAACUGAACUUGCCAGGUGUUCGUAAUGAUAGCGCGAGACGAGCUGUUGCUACCAGUUCACGUAGCGCAGUCACUACUGCAGGUCCUCCGCUACGAGUAAUUGGUCGAGAUCAAGAUCGUGACAAGAUCAUAGCGAUGCUUCAUGAGAAGGAAUACCAUUGUCAAGUAAACACCACAAGUGGUACAUGUUAUUCUGUAAUUGGCAUUCAUGGCAUCGCCGGGUCUGGGAAAUCGACACUUGCACAAUGUGUUUAUGAUCAUGAGAAAAAGUGCAAGCAAGAGAAAAUGGAAGGCCAUUUCGACAUUCUUAUGUGGAUUCAUGUUUCCCAGAAUUUCGCUUUGGAUUCCAUUUUCAGUGAAAUGUUUGAGGGUGCAACACAUAAAGAAUGCCCGAAAUUCAGUAGUCUUAACAUCCUAAAGGAAAGUCUAGAGGAGAAACUGCGUGGAAAACGGAUUUUGUUGGUACUGGAUGAUGUCUGGUACAACAUUAGGAAUUCAGAAGACCGUGAAGAACUACAAAAGUUAAUUUCUCCGUUGCAUGUUGGGAAGACAGGAAGCAGAAUCUUGGUGACUAGUCGAACUGAAGCUGCUCUACUAACUCUGGGUGCUGUAAAAGGGAGAUGUAUUCCAAUAUCAGACCUGGAUGAUGAAGUGUUUCUUGAAAUGUUCAUGCAUUAUGCACUUCGAGAUGCAAGGGUAAGUGACAAUGAUCGAAUAAUACUUGAAAUGAUCGCGGAGGACAUUGCAAAAAAACUAAAAAGAUCACCUCUAGCAGCUAGAACAGUGGGCUCACGGCUCCGAGAGACGCAGACGGUUGAGUUUUGGAGGAGUGAGAAAGAUCGGGACCUCUUGAACAGUACGAUGGGAGCUCUGUGGUGGAGCUACCAGUAUCUUGAUGAGCAGGUCAGGCGAUGCUUUGCUUACUGCAGUAUUUUUCCUAGAGGACAUCAUUUGAAACGUGAUGAGCUAGUUAAGUUGUGGGUGGCAGAAGGGUUUAUAAAACCUAGUAAGCCUGAAGAGGAAAUGGAAGAUGUUGCUAAGAAUUAUUUUAAUGAAUUGUUGUCGGCCUCGUUUCUGCAAUUAGGAGGGAAAACAUUACAUGAGGUGGGUACAGGUGCAUAUGUUGUUGAUUACUUUACAAUUCAUGAUCUGCUGUGUGAUUUAGCAGAGGAGGUUGCCGGAAGAGAUUACUUCAGGAUCGAGAAAGGCUCCAGAGAGGAAGGUCCUCAAGAUGUCCGCUAUCUUUUUGUUGGGGCUUAUUAUAGCGAGAUGCUUAUUGAGAAGAUAUCUGGAUUGAAAAACUUGCGCACUCUCAUCAUCUAUUCAACCGAAUGGAAAGUCUUUGAGAGUGUGUUCAAUAUUUUGAGGGGGCUACGGAAAUUGCGGGUACUGAAAUUAGGUUUUAGUGGAAGUGAUCCCAACGACCGUUUGAUCUCAAUCCCAGAUUCGAUUGGUCGGUUGAAUCAUCUGCGUUAUUUAGCUUUUCAAAUGACGGCUGCACUUCCCAAGAUAACUGUACCAGGCACUUUUACCAAACUUUACCACAUGCAGGUGGUAGAUUUUGGUUGGUGCAGAAGUCUAGCGUUUUCAGGUGAUAUGUCGAACCUCGUCAACUUGCGCCGUGUAAUUAGCACUUCUGCUCUGGAUUUUCCAGGCAUUGGCAGGCUGACAUGGCUCCAAAUGUUAGUACACUUCACAAUAAGGAAGGAACAGGGGUAUGAGCCGCAUCAGCUGAAACACCUAAACAAGCUUCAAGAUAGGCUGCACAUCCGAGGUCUUGAAAAUGUUCAGAGCAAGGAGGAAGCUCUUGAAGUCAAUCUCGCUGGCAAGGAAAAGCUUACAGAAGUGGUGCUGCAAUGGGAUAGUGGGAACUGCGGUCCAGAAGAUCACGAUGAUGUACUUGAGGGUCUUUGCCCAUCCAAGUAUCUUGAAAGACUAGGUAUAUGGGGUUACCACGGUAUGACCUUACCGAAUUGGAUGAUGGGCGAGCAUAAUGGCGGUCCAAAGAAUCUUCAACAACUAAUAUUCGGCGGAUGGAGUCAACAGGGACUUGCUCCUGAUCUUGGGCCUUUCAUUCAUCUUCAUUCGCUAUAUAUUACUAGAUGCAGCUGGGAUGCCUUACCAGGCAUGGAGCACCUCAAAUCGCUCAAGAUACUGGAUAUCUACGCGUGUGAGCAUAUGCAGUCGCUUGGAACACUGCCGAAAUCUCUUGAGAAGUUCACGGUCGAGUACUGCAAUCCUGAGUUGGAGCGAUUGUGUAACUCCUGGGCCGAAUCGCGAAAAGAUUGCUGAUGAUGGGUGCCCUUUUGCUGAGGACGGGAGACGAAGGAGAUGAAGUCCUUCAAAGUAUUCAGGUUUUUACUGGCUUCUUCCUUGGGCUACAUACUCUUGUAAACUACCGACGAAUCCAUAAUGGCAUAUGGCUGCAUGGUGCAUGCAGUGAUGGAACACUGAAUUUAUUUCUUUACUAUGGUUUUGUAAUAAUGUGGAAUAAUGACCACUGGAUUUAUUUGCUUCCUAUGAUUUGUAAUACUGUCGAAUGCAUGAUGAACCCCAGAUUGUUUGAUUCC